UCCGCCGUCAAACAGAAACAGCGCACAGUGAAAUAAUGAUGGUAUCAGAGGAGACAGCAAACAUCCGAAGGUUCGUGUGCAGUCAACUCCGCCAAGAGACAGACCUCAGCACACUGACCUUAGGAAUUUUAAAAAAGCGAUACCUGGCACAUGUAGGAUGUGAGUCUCUAAGUCCAGAAGCAAGGAAUUUCAUGAAACAGGUGGUUCAAGAAGAACUACUAAAAAUGCAGGACAAUGACGGCAGUGGAAGUGAGUUGGAGACCAAGAAAACCCAGAAAAAAAGAAAGAGAGAAAAGGAAAAUGAUGAAGAGGAAAGUGAGAAAGAAGUUGAAUCAAGAGCAAAAAAAUCCCGAGUCAGUCAUUCAAGCUCAUCAUCAGAAUCAGAGGAGAAAGAGGACUGCAAAACAGGAAGUGAACAAAGUGAUGAUGAAGAACAAAGUCAGUCUGACGAUGCAGAGCAAGAGAUGGAGAAAUCACAGCCAAAGACAAACGGAAAACGUAAACGGCAGAUAAACAGUGACGACUCUUUAGAUGAAGAAGAAGAUACUAAGUCAGGAAAAAAAGGUGGUGACAGCCCAAAGGAAAUGAUGAAAAAGAAAGAAAACACUACAAAGAAUGGAAAGACAAGAAGCAGCAAGACAAGUGAAGAAAAGAAAACCCCACAGAGUGAUGAAGAGAAUGACACUGACUCGGACAGCAAGUCAGAAAGAAGUGACAAAAUUGAUGACAAUGACAAAGAGGAAAAAGCCUCAGUGGAAAAGAAGAACAAUGACACAGACUCAGAUUCAUCAUCACUUCCUUCUUUGGAUGAUGAGCAGGAUGGUGGGAAAGAAAAUGCACAAGAUGAGGAGGAGAAGAAGAAGAUGACGAUGAAGAAGAAAAAAACUGUGAACAAAGAUGAGAACGCCAAAGAUCAAAAGACGAACAACAGAGCAGUUGUCAGGCUCAAACGUUACAUUUCUCUCUGUGGUGUGCGGAGGAAUUACAAGAAGCUCCUUGAUGGCUGCCGUUCCAUUCACUCAAUGGUGGCUGUUUUGAAGAAGGAGCUUGAAGAUCUUGGCGUCCAUGGUCAGCCAUCUGUUGAGAAAUGCAAAAAGGUCCGAAUGAACAGAGAGGAAGCUCAAGAAAUAGCUGAACUUGAUAUCAACAACAUCAUUACCACACAGGGUCGACCUAAACGCAGACAACCGUGGCAACAACACCAAGACCCUCCAUCCUCGGUUUAUCAGCGCUCUCUGAAUUCUGGCUCUGAUAGUGAUCUGGAACAAAAUACACACAGAAAAGUAACAGAAUGGGCAAACCUACGGGGGAUUAUCAGUGAUGAUGCCGACAGCGACUGACGGCCACAGUUCCUCUCGCAAGUAUACAGAGACAACUUGAAUAUGGACAAUACUUUUCUUUAAUUGUUUCUGUUUUGAUACUAAACAUGUGUAAAACCUUUUUUUUUUCUUACAAAAAAAUAUAUUUUGAUAAACUGAGUGCAUACUAAAGCAGGUGUUUGGGUUACAAAAUAUGGAGAGUAAUGUUAAGCUUCUUUCCAUGUUUAUUUUGUAUGCUCUGUACAGGCAAAUAAUGACAGGGCAGCAGUUACAGGGACCAGACAACAGCAGCAAACUUGAGCCUAUUAAAGUGUCAGCCUUUGAAUAGAAAUAAAUAUUCGUUUCAAAAUAUGUGUCUUUGUAUACUUUUGAUCCGCUUGCAUAAAAAUAACCUCAUUAAAAAUCCACUUUUUUUCUACAUAAGAAGUUUUAAAUGGAAAGCAUGUCCGCGGAUGCGGAACCGCUCGUUAUUUUGGGUAUACGGAAUAUUUUGCAGACGGACCGGUCCGGUGGGGUAAUAAGUCCGGUCGCAUUCGUUCAGGUCAGUAUUGUAUUUCUUGUUAAUUACUUAAAUAUUACCUCAACUGCUGGGGUUUUCAUCUACUGCAGCGUUAUGUUUGGAUAAAAAAAAAUUUCUCAAUUACUCUGUCGGUAUUUAUUCUCAGCAAGAGAUCGUAGCCGGAUGCAAAGUCAAACCGGCGUAAAUGUGACCCUGCUGCAAGCAAACGUCUGUCACGGGUAUUUAACUAAGAAAAUAUAUUUAAUGUGGAGUCGGUAUCAAAGAUAACUUAAUAAAACAUUUUCAGAGUAUGUCUUUGUCAUUUUAUCGUGUUAAUCUCUAAAACAAAAUUGCUAAUUUGUGGUCAAAUGUCUUAUGGUUAGUAAAAUAUCACCAUUAAAUGAAUAGCCAUGUGAGACCUUCUCAAGACUGGGGACAGAAAUAUACAUUUUACAUUAUCUAAAGUUGUCUCCAUUGAUGUGCUUUUGUAUUGUUUAUUAUUAUUAUUUGUUUGUGUCUAAGCAGAUUCCCAUCAAAUCGUUGAUCAAUUGUACUAACUUGCAUAUUUCUAAGAAAAUAAAAAUUAAUGGUGAACGGCCAA